AUGCUGUCAGAAGGUUACCUUCACAGAAUCACCUAUCUUUGGGAAGACCUGAAACCUGCGCUCUACGAGAGUUUGCCUGAUGAAGGGGUGUAUGAAAUGAGCUCCAUUAGUUAUUCUUCCCCAGGUGAAGCACAAGGAAAAAGCCUCCUUCAGAGAUGCAGAUCUGCUGGCAAACACCUUUCCUCAGUCUGCUCUAGAGGCAGCAAGCACAGCAGAAGGCAGAAGGACAAUCUCCCACAACCUGUGCAGCACCCAACACCCACAGGGCAGCCACCGCCAGCUACGCAUGCCUGUGAGGAGCUGACCAAAAAAGUCACCUACCUGGUUCCACCUUCCUGCAAGAGCAUUUGCAAGAACUACAACGAUUUGCAUAUAGCUGGGGACUACGUGGUGCCAAUUAGCUCGGUCACCACAGAUUUUGCUUGUGAUAGUGGCAUAGGCCCAUUCCUGGAGUCCUCAGAGAUCCCUCCGGCCAUGGAGUCUGUGAAGGCUCCCCCCACGAGUGACACCACGCGCAGGCCGGGCCAGGGCCACUCCUCGUGCUGGCGCCUGGCCAGCCUGGGGCCCCACCUGCAGCCCCUCUCCGACUCUGCCCUCAACGACUACCUGGAGCAGAAGCUGCUGGAACUGUACAAGCAGUACAUCAUGGACAGCACAGCCAACAGGGCAUCCCCCACCCAGAUCCUGGCCUCAGAGCUCAUCAUGACCAACGUGGACCAAAUCAGCAUGCAGAUAUCACGGGAGAGGAACAUGGAGACUGUCAAGGCCAAGGACAUCGUCAUUAGCCGCUUCCUACAAAUAGCCAGUGGGAAGGUUUCCUCAGAAAUGAGCACGCCUACUCUGCAUAUUUCUCAAUAUAGUCACAUUAAUGCUUAGUGUAUGAAUGUUAGAAAGUUUUUAUGUUCUUCAA